UUUUCUCACCUACUUCAAAGAUGAUCCAAAAAUGCAAAUGGAUAGUAAAUCUUCUUGAAAGCAAGUUUUUCGGGGCCUGUAUCGAUCAUGGAAGCAUGGCGAAGAGCGAAAAGAAUGUGUUUUGCAUGGACUGUAAUCUUUGUUUAUGUGGACAUUGUGUUUCUGGUUUUAAACCACGGUGUCACCACCACCACCACCGUCGUUUGCAGAUUUUCCGGUAUGUUUACCAUGAUGUUGUUCGUAUACAAGAUAUUCAGAAACAUCUUGAUUGCUCAGAUAUUCAAACUUACAAAAUUAAUGGCGAAAAAGCUGUUCACUUGAAUCCUCGGCCUCAACAACAGAAAGACUCAAAACCAUUUAAAUCUAAAGUCUAUGGCACUUAUUGUGAAGCUUGUCGAAGGCAUAUUCAAGAUGUUCCAAAUCGGUUUUGUUCUAUUGCUUGCAAGGUGUCAAUAGUGGUAGAGGCCGAUAUAAGUAUAGAAGAUAACUACAAGACGGUGUCAUAUUCUUUUUGUAAAGAAAAUUAUGAUUUUGAACGACGAAUGGAUGCAAAUGAAUCAUCAUUCUCUUCAUCACUUGACUCGGUUGAAGAAGACAUACGAAGGAGCACUUGGUUAACUUCGAGUUUAAAGGCUAAAAAAAGUGUUCAUAAGAGGAAAGGUGUUCCUCAAAGAGCCCCAUUAUGUUGAUACAUAUUUUCAUUAAAUUUAUU